UGAAAAUUGUUCAACACUGUCCAAGCUAGCGCACGUGCAGGAGCGCUGCAGCCUCGCGUAUUUCUCAAUUGUUUAUUAAAAUUUGGUCAAUUUAAAAUGGAGCACGAUGAUAUGAAGAGAGUGAUACGAUUGAAAGUGGAGAACGGUGUGGUCAAAGAUGAAAAGAAGAUAGUUCGCCAAUUUCACAGGCAAUGCAAAAGUGAAUUUCUGGAAGAGAACGAAUAUGCAGCCAUCGAAGCGGAUCGCUUCUCCGCCGAAUGCAGCGAGCCCAUACAAUACUUUGAUCCGGCAAUACACGAUGCCUGGUUAGUGCAGUGCCCCAAGGGCAUCGAUAUCGAUGCAUUGGCCGGCAAAAGAAUCAAGAUGCCCGGCCGUCGUUAUGUGGGCGACAUCCAGGUGCGGACCACCCACUACGAGCACCCGUUGACAAAUUCCGUUGGCUAUGCCAGCAACAAGGGCAAAUAUGCGGUCCGAUUGCUGCCACUGGCCGGGCAUAUGGUAGUCAGCCGGCGCUUGAAUAUGGAGAGACCCGGCGACGAUGGCGAGGCAAAUAAAUUUCCAAAACCUUGUGGACCUCCGAAAUUUCGAUUGCCGGUGCGUCAUCCGUUCUUUGGACGUGACUACAAGACGCGCAUUGAGAUCGACAAGAAGACGGCGAAAAAGCUGCGAAAUGCGGACAAAAAGUGCACCGAAGUGAAGGAGAAAUUGCGCACCACCAGCAAUUUCUAUAAAAUACGCCGGAAAUUGCUGAGCAGCACGCAGACGCUGGCCCAAAAGGAGCACGAUGUGCGGCAAUCGGUGCUGACGGGCGUGGCGCCCAAAUUCAUGCAGGACAGCGCCCAUCCCGAUUAUGUGGAACUAAUGGACAGCGACGAGGAGUCAACCCAAAUUGAGCAGCCCGUCAAGAGGAAGUCCACCAAGCACAAAGUCAAUGGUGAAAUUGAAAUGAAAGUGGAAGAUGGAGAUGUGCUGCCCAGGCAGAAGAAAAAGAAAAAACUGGAGGUUAAUGGCAGUUUGCCGUUGAACAGUCCAAAAAAGAGGAGGGUGUAAAGACGCUAGACUACAUAAAUGAUAAACUCUCGUUUUAGCUAUGUAUUAUGUACAUAAAUCUUUUAAAUAUAUGUAACAAGAGGAA